AGGGAGGACUUGGGCUAUCGUUUAGUAUUUAUCUAAAGCUUUGAACCCCAAAGGAGCAAAUUCUUUAGGGACUACAUUACAAAGAAAUAUGCUGGACUCGUGUUUACCGCCACCGAAGGCGAAGAAAUUUAUCAACGAAUGUUCAGAUCGACGAACUCAUUCACCAUUCUCAUGUCUCCCGUCACAUAGACUACAUGUACCAACAAAUACUAGAAUAUUUCAACCGGACGAGAUGGCGUCGGCAAUAAUUCAACAGCCUUCUUUACUUACGCAUCUAAGCGAAGAAGUACUGGUCCUUAUUUUGGAAUAUUUAGACUUUAGGAGUCUUAUUAUACUGAGUAAAACCUGUCGACUAUUUCACCGACUUUGCCUUUCCGAUCUAAUAUGGCGUCAUCGAUGCAAGGUUGACUUCGAAUUAUAUGUAAAAUGGCCUGAAUAUUCUUAUUUAUACCUUUAUGCAAUGUUCUAUAAAGCUGAAGUCUUAAAGAAUGAUCACAAUUUUUUCCGACCUGUAAGUCAACUGAAGACAUCGGUGAUAGUUUGGUAUCUUCUUAGUUCUGAACCACCUUCACAUAGCGUCAGYCACCUUACACCAAGUCAAGCGAAGUCUAUUUGGGGACUGACAGAUAAAUGCUUAGAAACUCAUUAUGAAGAAUCKCAACAAGAUCGAAAUGAGCACCAGGAAGCUGAUUUCCCUUCAAGUUAUUAUGAGUGGAGAACUUUAUAUAAAAUAUUUGUCAAAAAACAUGGAGGAAUCAUUUCAAUGCAAAACUAUGUACUCAAACGCUGCCUGAGAAAUAGGCAAGCUUUAGAAGAACAUUACCAACUUUCACUUCACUCAUCUCGGCAGCAAAAAUGGUAUCAAUAUCUAGAAGAUCGAGAAAUGGGAAAUCACAAAGCGCUUAAGGCUCUAACAGAACACAUGCGACCGACAACUCACAACUACAUGCUGCAUCAGAUCACAACAAAAUACAUCGAUGGGAGGCUGAAAGGAGGUUUCAAAACUGUUAAAGCCUAUGCCGAAUUCUGUGGUUACUUUAAGAACUGGUUGGAUGCCAAAAGUAUAAAAUUAUGGCCACCAAGACAAGGAGAAAUGGUUGCYCAGGACUAUCGUCAUUGUCUGAAAUAUGUCAACAGAGAGCUGGCACCAAUUGCUGAAGAAGUCGAACUCACACUGACUCACUUUUUGAGUAAAGCAAAGCCAUACAUUGAACGACUUCAUGAGGUGUGGCUAUGGCAGAAUAGGAAGGACACUGCGUACAGGAAGGAGCACCGGCCGUCAGCUGUAGUCAGAGAACAUAGAUAUUGCAAGGAAUUCCUCGAAAAAGGAAGCUUGGAAUACUUUUCAAAGCUCAAGCUGUAUUUUGAACGCAAAGAGAUCGUAGUUGCGUGGUUYAAGGAAAAUAGUUGGAUGCAUCCUUUGCUUGGAGACUACGUCGUUCGACCAUUGCGACCUGCAUGUAUAUCUUCAACGGAGCUUCCAAAUCCUCACUAUUCAGUAGACUGUAUUCAAAGUCUCGUGGAAAGGUUCUUGGAAACUGGACUCCGAUCAGACUUUAACAGAAUCCGACGAAAACUCGCCGACAUGACUGGAAUUCAACUCCAAAAUCUUGUCCGAAAAUCGCGGCAGCUUCAAGAAUCCAUACAGCAGGAUGUUAUGAAGGAGGAUUGUGUGUAUGUCAGUGACUUUGAAGACCGUGCUUACAUGAACGGAUUUUUCGGAAGCUCUCUUGAUAGCUACAGUGAUUUCGUUUCCCGUAGAGAAGUAGUAAUACUAGACUGGAAGAUCGGCUUAUAUGGAGUAAAAGUUUUGCCAGAUAUGUAUUUGUCGAUGGCGGUGGACGAUGAUAGUUGUCUCUACAACCACACUGAAGACCUCGAAAUUAUAAAGAGACGAACCCACCAGGAUUAUAAUUCAUACUUGCAAAACGUUGUAAGAAAGUUCAUAGAUGAACGAGAAGCCGAGAAAUGUGUGCACGAGGACAAAAACAAAGAAGAUCCUUUUCGGAGUUUACCACCAGAAGUUGUAUUUCGCGUGUUGUCAUAUUUGGGUUUGAAUGAGCUGUGUAUUUCACGACGAGUUUCAAAGACUUACCAAAGUUUUAUCAAUAGUUAUUUGCGACACGUUCAGAGAUUGGAUUGUACACCUUACGAAUCGGUAUUGUCACCAGAGGGGCUGUGUAGUGUUGUAGCCCAACUGAGAAAUCUCAGAGAACUCAAUUUAGACUUCUGUUGGGUAAGUGCAACAGAAGAGAACUUAUUUACUAUUGCAAGAAACUGUCCAAAUUUACAGACUCUUAACACGAGCAGAUGUAAAGGUGUUUCAGAUGCAUUUCUUCAACAUUUGUCAGUGAUGUGUAGAGAUCUGCAAGUGCUCAACCUUAGCAGUUGUUUUCAGAUUUCAGAUGAUGGUGUAAUUGCCAUUGCUGAGCAUUGCAAAAAGCUGCGGGACUUGUGUGUGAGCAGUACCUAUGGUGUGACAGAUGUUUCAGUCCUAGCCCUAGCAAAGUAUUGCACCCUUAUAGAAGAACUAGAUAUUAGCUGGUGCUAUAAAGUCACAGACAAAAGUUUACAAGACUUAAUUCACUUAGGAAAACAAUUGAGAUUACUUAGAGUGAAAGGCACACAGAUCUCAACAGCAAUGAUAGCAAAACUUGUAAAUGGAGGAAUCACUGUAAAUGCUUCAUUUUGAAAGUGGAGGAAGGAACUAUAGAUAUUUUAUGCCAUUAUAAUAUUAUUUUACCAUUUAAAUUUAUAAUUUUUUAAGAUUUAGUAUUUUAGUUUUGUCUUGCAAAAAAUAAUCAAUUGAGUUCUAAUAAUGAAUUUGGUUAUUGCUAACAUAUUCAAUUUUUUCGCCUAUAAUCAUUAUGUUGGAGUGAUUUAAUACAUUUGUAAAGUUUAUGGCCGCCUAUAAUSGAUUGAUGGGUUUGGGGGUUAAAGAGGAAGCCGAAUCAAGAAUCUGAAAACUGGAGGAAAAUAUUGUGAAAUACAGAAUAUUUGAGGAAAAAGUUAUGAAAUAUGGAAUAUUUAUUUAUUAAAAGAUAACACAGAAAUAUAUAGUACUCACUGUACAAUCCCCAAGGUGGGUUAUGUUGAAAGUGCUACGAAUCUUUUAUCUUAAAAAUAUUUUAUCUUAAAAAAUCUUUUAUCUUAAAUUCGAGAAACCRUGAAUAAGUAUUUCCUGAAAUGGGUAAGAAAAAAAAAGAAAAUAUAACGAGAGGUCCCACCGAGACUUGAACUCGGAUCGCUGGAUUCAAAGUCCAGAGUGCUAACCAUUACAC